AUGGACAUCGUGCCGUUCGCAACGGCCGCGGGCAACAACGGUGACGGUGGUAUUGGUGGUAGAACGGAGCAGGAAGCGAACCAGUACUUCUUGCAUUUGUUGCAGGAGAAUACUCAGGUGAACUUGUUCCUGAAUGACCCCCGCAUUCAAAGUGCCUUGGAGCUUCGCGCGGAACAACGACAUCGAUUUGCAUUGGACAACGUGUACGCCGAAGCCAACGCAUACAUUGCACACCUAGAGGCAACAGCGGAUGCGAAUCAUCGUCAACAGCUAGCAUUUGUGAGCCAAUCCACACACCUGUUGGUGGGACAGCUACACAAUGAAGUACGAGUGCUAGGGACAAUCGCCCGAGCAGAACGACAAUCAGCCAAUGAGCUGCAGGCACAGCUGGCACGCGCACAAAGGGAAAGUCAUGAUGAAAGGUCUAUGGCCAUGCAGUUUGAUGCACAUCGGUCCGAGCUGGAAGCAGCAGCGCGCACGCUCACUGCGGAAAACAGACAGCAUGAACGCCGUUUCGCGGAAUUGCGCUCGAGUAUCGAAGAAAACCACAGUGAGAUGAUUGCCUUUUUAGGGUCUGAGUUUGAGGAAAAGCUUCAAUGGGAAGAGAAUGAGUACUACCAUAGGCUAACCUCUGAGGCACAGCAGUACGAUAGCUUGGUUGAUGACCUGCAGGACAGGAAUGCGGAGCUUAUAGCUGAGGUCGACUCACUCAGGACUGUCUUGUCGACAGCGGAGAGUAGCCCACCGCAAGGUGGUGCCGUGCCGGUGAAAGUCGAUCCCAGUGAGAGCUCCAAGCUUCAACCAAGCCCACCGCAAGGUGGUGCCGCUGCGACAAGCCCUGCUACGCUUUCCAGCGUGGGAAGUGCCCACGAGGUGAUAAGUGGAGGUAAAGGCGGUAAAGGUGGGGAGAAGAAGGAUACCUCCAAGAUUCCUUGCAUCUUUUACCCCAAAGGCACCUGCAAGAACGGUAAGAAUUGCCCAUUCAUGCACAAGGAUGCCGCUCCCUCUGUCCCGGCCAAAGGCGAUAAGGCUGGCAAGGACGGGAAGAGAUCGCCCUCCGGCAAGCGCAGGCGACCCAGUAAGAAAAGGCCAAAGAGUGAGGACAAGCCAGCCGCUUGCUGUCUUUCCCUCACAGCCACCCUCACGGGUGAGCCACCGGCCGAUGCUGUGAAAGCCUACGCAGUAGCAGCCCGCAAGGGCCCUGCCGGAAAGCCCCGAAGCAGAAAGGUCCAGUUCCUAAGGCCAGAAAUCAUUGACAUCCCGCCUGAGGGUGAAGGCUGGAGCUUCGUACCAGACAAGCACAAGUUCGAAUUCAGGUACAAGUCUGCGGAGCUAUGCCCACCAUCAAUUCCAGAGGACACCGAAGAAGCUUUGCAGAAUGCCCGUGUCGGGGUAGAGAAGGAUUCUGCAUUCACUGCAAAGAAGCAAUUCCCCUGCCCCAACUUGCUGCAGCGGACCAUUGAUGGCAUGCUUAGCGGCAAAGUCCUCAGUCCAGCUGGCGCGGCAGAAGAUCCCAUCGAAAAGAUGGCGAAUUGCAUUCCUCCCAUUCCUGGGGUGGAAACGAGGUAUAGAAUCCGGACUACUUGGGGAUUCAAGGAUGACGUGUGGUCUUUGUUGGAGGAUUCAGUCAACAUUGACGAAUUGGACGGAAUCUAUGGGGAAGCGCAAGCCGACAGCGAUGUCGAGCCAUACACAAUGCCAAAGUCUAAGAAGGAUGAACAACUUAGCGAAGACCUGGAUGAAAUGUUCCCAGAGCUAUUUGGUCCUGAUCGUGAUAAAGAUCCUCCGCCGAAGGACGCGAAAGAAGCCACCCGCAAGGGUGAGUCAAAGUCUGAUUCCCGUGCAGCAUUGCUUGAUGAUGUUCCGUUCUCUGUGAAGCAGAAGCUGAAGUCCAGCGCAGCAGUAGCAGCGCAAGAACCACCGUAUGGUUAUACGUGGAGUGGGGAAUGUUUGGUCAAGAAGAACAACAAGAACCGCCCUAACGCUAUUGAUCAUACUGCAUGGAAGGCUAUGUCGAAAAGACAAAGAGCAACAGCAAUUGCAGAACAUGAGAAGAAGCUACAUGAGGAGAAUGAGGCACUGUAUCGUGAAGCUGUAAAGGUGGAUUGGUGGGACGGCGAAACCUACUUCGACCUCGCAGGCCGGGAACAGUCUGAUUUCGAACUGGCAGUUGCAGCUGCCCGCAAGGGCAAGCCGGUUGGGCAUUUCAAGCUACUGAAUGUUGGUACAGCCGAACAAGUGGCGGACGUGUUCACGAAGCCUUUCACUGAAAAGAAUAAGUGGACGCAUGCCUUGAAGCUUAUUGGACAUACAACCAGCGCGAACGUAGCCGGGUGCAAACCCGAGUCGAAGGUCGAGGACAACAAGGUUUCGGUAGCAGCAGCUCCGGAUGCAUCAAAGGUUGUCGAGGACUUCGCUCAACAAUCGUUCGAGGCUAACGAUUACAGCUUCAAGACCUUCGAGAAGCUAGCCCGCAUUCACACGGAUAAGUACAAUCAGAAAGAAUCGUACAACCUGACGUUCUCCUUCGCUGGUUCUGAUCUUCUCGACUUGCCCGAAGCGACUUCUACGAUCCCCAAGAUGGCAGCCAUCGUUGUGAGCGACGAGUUCUGCAGGGUCAACACCUCCGAAGCAGACAGGAAUGGAGUUACCAAGGCCAUGAAAACCAUUCUCCAAUCCGCCGCCCUCAACAACGAUAUCAUUUCGCUCGGCGCCGAUCAUGAGAGCCAGCUCUUGGAGUCGGCGUACAGCUGCGUAUCCACACAAUGCGCGGCUGGGGUAUCCUUGACCCAUGCCGACGCAACCUGUGUGGCUCUGCGCCAGAUGGCUGACCUCAGUGACGAGGGGCUCGCCAAGUUGAAGCCAACCGCAAGGUUGAGCCCCAAGGCCAAGCGAGCCAUCAUAGUCGUGUCAGACAGCUCCACUGCACUCUGCAAGAAGAACAGGCGGGGAGUUUUCGUUAAGGCCGACUUGGAUGCGGAAGUGAACAUCGCAAGCUGGACGCUGGGAUGGGCACAGACUCGCUACACUAUGUGUUGGGGUAAAACCUUGGCGUGGAUUGUCUGGCAGGUCGAGGAGCACGUGAAGGAGCUCCGGAGCAACUAUCCGGACCACACCAUCGACGUGAUCUGCUGGUGGUGCGGGAACGAGAUCUCCGGCCAGUGGGGCUGCAUCCCCACGCGGCUAGGACCGGGACUCGCCCACAGAGAUCCCAAUGUCACAACGGAGACCGUCGCACGGAAAGUGAGAAGGGCAGCAGAUGUUUUAGCCGCCCUCGCGGGCGAGCCGGACAUUGGUUUUGUGAAGGUGAUUGGGCAGGUGGAGGCGGACUUGUUCCAACUCCACUCAGCCUACAACGACUUCAAUGCCGCUAUGUUCGAAGAGUUCAGGCAGCGCGGUCUGCAAGUGCAAACCGCAAGCUCCUUGGUCGAAAAGCUGGAAAUGUAUGACAGCUUUCACGCCAGCGAAGAUCCUCGCAACCGCGAGUUAUUCCAGACCUACUUGCAUGCGACUUUCAAUGCAAGCAGGAGCGAAUGGCUUGCCCAGAAGAUGGCACCCUGUGUCAGGGCUUUGCUUGUUCGCUAUGAGCACUUUGAGACUGGCUCCGAUGCCAACAAUCCAGUGCUCGAGGAUGUCUUCAAGCAAUGGCGUGCAGAGAAGGACCAGCUGAUGAACCCGAAACAGGCCAAGCCAAUGCCGGUCACCCAGGAGGACAAGAUGUGGGAAGCCCCAGAUGCCGCUGACGCAACCGACGUCACCAAGAUCUCCGAGGGGCCACCCAUGGAUAAAGCCAUCCGCAAGGAUGUGCCAAGGAUCGGUGCAACCACUGACGUCAGUGCUGUUGCGGAAUGCGUCAAUGACAUCGUCACCCAGGACGCAGACGGCAAGGUGUCCUACAACACCCCGGGCACGGUGGAGCUGGUGGACGAGGGCGACCAGGUCGACCCUAUCCCCUCAUCGAUUGGACGUGUUGUUGAGCCAGCGCCUCCGAAGAAGACUAAGAAGUCUGAUCGAGACGAGGACGCCAUGCGAAGGCUCAUGUUCAUUGAUGAAAGCGCCCCGCAAGGGGCUGCCACUGUGCCAGAGCUUCCGAAUGAGUACUUCUACAACGGCAAGAAGCACUUGAUGAAGCCCUUUAACCCGGAGGACAUUGUGGGAGACAGACACGUGACAUUCAAACACGGUGACCUGAAGUUCCUCACCAAGCUGCUGCGUGGCCAUGAAAUGGACGACUUCCCUGCAUUGAUCUUUGACCGUGGGUGCUGGGCAGACGUUGACACUCUGCUCCAGGUCUUCAACACGGCACGGAACGCACGCUGGGGUGUGAGGCAGCUGCUACGCGCAGCGAAAGCGGAUAAUAAGGGAGGGAUCAGACUUUUGGGCAUUGAUGUCCCCAUGAAGGACACCCUGGGUCAACCGCUAUUCCCUGUCAGAGUGAGGAUGGCCCAAGGGCAUAACUCCAAGCUCAUCGGCAAUAACCCGGACGCGGACUUCUUCCUCGCGACCAGGUUCUACAGCGGAUUGUCCGAGUACGAGGCCGACCUGCAGAGCAGCGUCAGGGGGGUCACUGUGCUCUCCCGCGAGGAUACCCCCCCGAAGCUCUUCCACCGCACGAAUGAAAAGGGAAUGAAGGGUAUCCUCCGCGAUGGAAUGAUCGCCGGCUCCGCGAGGUCAGACAGGUCCCACAACUACCUGUCCCCGUACAAGUUGGACGACACCCACUACAAGAGUGGAAUGCGCUCCAACCAGCCGAUCGAGCUGACGAUAGACACGCAGCGUGCAAUCGCCGCUGGAUGCGUUUUCUUCGUCACGGAGACCGACGGCGUCCUCACACGGGACAAUGUGCCUCCCGAUUGCGUGCUGUCCGCCAUCGACACCAGCAAAAAGAACCUCCCGCUCUAUGUCGCCGAGCACAAAGAAGCCGCCCGCGAGGGUGAGCCAGAGCGCAUUUUCCGCGCAAAGCGCGACUAUGAGGAGGCCGCAGCAGCAAGCUCAUCAACGGCACCGCCCCCAAAACAGGCGGCUAUCGCUCCCAAAGCGAUUACUUCAAAGAAGAUGCCGAAGGUGGUUCCCAAGCCCGCCGCAAUCGCCGAAAAGGACGAAAGCAUGGACUUGGAUGAAGCCACCCGCGAGGGUGAGCCUGCUGAUGCUGCUGGUGCAUUCGACAUUGACGAAACCAAGGUUGAGGUCGAAGUCGAAGUCGAUGAAGGUGACACAACGGAUGCGGGUGAGGAUGAGCCUUACCCACUUGGCUCUCACCCACGCCGCGAGUGCGCAGCAGUCGUUGCCAAUGGCAUGCUGUUCUGCCUCCGUUGCAAGGCUCCCCAGACGGACGACUCUAAGAAAAUCACAAAGCGAGUCUUUGAGAAUUCGAGACUCCGCCAGCGCCUUCUUGCCACCGCUGCGACCGGGGCCCAGAAGCCCAUCGAUGAUCUCCUUGCGAGUGACCUUCGAGGCCUGGGCGAGGGACCAAAGAAACGUGGUCAGAUGAGCGCAGAGGCUGCCGCCAUUCGUGACGCCAAAGACCGAAAGAUCAGGGCCGCCAAGUUGAACUUCGACACCGUGUCCGACCGCUUCGAGAAGGACGCGCAGUUCAACGUGAGAAUGAUGCAAGAGGGCCGCAGCCUUGAGGACAUGCAGAAAUUUGAUCACCUGUCGAACGCUGUGCUUCCCGAUCCAGGACGCAGCGAGGAGCAGCGCUACUUGCGUGCCGGCUCCCAUUAUGGUGGUGGCAAUGUCCCGCCUGCGAAGCUGGUCUAUUAUGCCCACUGCGAAGUGGAGCCGUUGAGGAACUUGCGGUUUAUCGAUGAUACCGCGGAUGUCCCCAUCGGCUUGACCUACCUCGGUGCAUUCCUCCCUCCGCGCCUCUAUGCUGAGGUGGCAGCAGUGAAUGACGCUGCAAAAAGGAUCCUGACUUUCGACGGCGAGGUCUACGUGUCGGCUACCACAAUUGAAGGCAUCACAACUGAGAUCGGACAGAUUCUUACCGAUAGCCUCCGUAGUGCUCAGAACCAGACAGACCAAACGGAACGUCUGGCAGAGCGCAAUCGCCAGGCCGCAGUCCAGAACCGCCCAUCCCAAAAGGGACGUGGUCGCACGACAGCACCUGAGCCCAUGUACAGAGGCUAUACUCAGGCCCAGUGGGACGAGUACUAUCGCCAGCGUCGUGGAGGUUACACUCAGGCCGAGUGGGAUGCAUGGAACCGCACCCAUAGGAUCAGCGCGCUCGUCGUGUCAGAUGCAGAGGAUGAGGAAUGCAUGGAUGCGGUGAUGUGGCAGCCGCAGGUCUUCUCGGCUGUGCAGAUGGCAAUCUCCCACCUGCGUGAUUCUUUCGGUGUGCUGGGUGUGUGGCCCGCUGCGUGGACGGCCGCGCAGCGUGUCAUGCGCAUCUGUAACCGACAGGGCUCGCGCGGUACCAUUCGCAUGCUGGAGAUUGGAUGUGGCUCUGGCUUGCCCUCGCUCUGCGCUCUGGCUCUAGGAGCUGAAGUUGUGGCAACAGACUUGGAGGAGUUGCCGCUGCAGCUACUGCAGGCCGCCGCCGAUGCACAGGAGCUUCCCGGCUCCUUGGAGGUGAAGCAGAUGGACGUCUUGAAGGCUGCCGAUUCCAAUGCAAGGAACUCAGUCACGUGCCCCUCGGAUGUCGAGCGUUUCGACAUCAUCGUCUGCAGCGACUGCCUCUACAAGCACGAUGUCGCUCGUGCCAUUGCCGUGCUGAUUGGGCGCGCACUGCUUGCAUACCCCACGACGAUGGUCGUCGUUACCGACGCGAAUCGGCGCGGGCGCCAGGAUUUCCUGGAUGAGUUGGAUGCAAGUUUGGGUCUCAGUCUGGGAAACGCCUCACCGCCGCAUUUCGAGGCAGUGCCCAUACCGCGCUGGGCUGCCGACGACGCCACAGACCCCUUCGAUGGCACGACGGCAGAAGAAGUCGGAUUGUUGAAGUUGUCCUAG